AUUUAAUGUAAUGACAUAUCUGGUUGGCGAAAAGUUAUUGUAAACCUUUCAAAUGAAGACAGAGGAAGACCUUUUGCAGAGUUAGUAGCAGGAAAAGCGGAUAUGGGGAGCUUGAGGAGCCAUCUCUGUUUGAGAAGGAGUUUCAUCUCCGCCACAAGUUUUGCAAGAUUUUCAUCUAAAAUCACUAACAAUCCAAUAAUCUUAAGGAGUUUUAGCUCGGAUUCCGCAAUUCAAUGUGAGAAUGGUGUGUCAAUGGUACAAGGCGCAUCCAGGGGCAUAGGUCUCGAAUUUGUUCGACAACUACUGGACAAUUAUGUUAAGGGCCAUGUAAUUGCAACUUUCCGGAAUCCUAAUGGGGCUGAAAGCCUUCUAGAUUUGAAAAGGAAGCACACAGAUCGACUUACUCUUGUACAGUUAGAUGUAACAGAUGAGAGCAGCAUUGAUGUGGCAGCAAAAAUAAUUGGAGAUACUCAUGGACGAUUGGAUCUUUUAAUCAAUACCUCUGGGAUCCUGUCUAUACCCAAUGUUUUGAAGCCAGAAACAACACUCAGUAAAGUAGAGAAAUCCUCUCUGCUUUUGACUUUUGAAGUUAAUGCUGUGGGGCCACUCCUUGUAAUUAAGCACAUGUGGCCACUAUUAAAGGUAGGGGGAGGACGAGGUUCUGGAAGAGAAGCUGCUAUUGUUGCAAACUUGAGUGCUAGGGUGGGUUCCAUUGGUGAUAACAGACUAGGUGGAUGGCAUUCAUAUCGAGCCUCAAAGACAGCUCUCAAUCAAUUGAGCAAGAAUGUAGCUCUGGAAUUUGAACGUCGAAAGGAACCCAUUAUAUGCUUAUUAUUACACCCUGGAACUGUGAACACAGAUCUUUCAAGACCAUUUCAGCAAAAUGUUCCUGUAGGUAAAUUAUUUACGACCAAAUUCUCUGUAGAAAAAUUACUAUGUAUAAUUGAUGGUGCUAAAGCAAGUGAUAAUGGAAAGUUCUUAGCUUGGGAUGGUCACGAGAUACCAUGGUAGGUGUUAGCAAUCCUUAAAGGGUCAAGUUGAUUUAGAUGAAGGUAAUUAUGUUUUAGUUUGUGAUCAUAUUUUGAUUAAAUAUUACUUUUAUAUUGAGGUCCCAUAUGGAUGAGAAUAUAUGUGCUAAAUCACACAUUUAUCUUGAUUAGUUUUAUAUAAAUUACUAAUUAUGUCAA